AUGGAUGCUACUGCCCGAGAUGAUGUUGUUCUUACUCUAACAGAAUCAGACGAUGUUACUUAUAGACAAAUCGUAAAGCGUCGUCGCCUCGCUCUUCUCUGUCAUUUUAUCGCACGCUCAUCAGCUCUGAUUUUCUAUCUUUUUUGUUCCUGGUUCACUACUGCCUUCAUCGCUCCUGUGGUUGCUCUUCUGACUCUUUUUGCCAUCGAUUUUUGGCUUGUUAAGAACGUUAGUGGUCGUCUUCUCGUCGGUCUCCGAUGGUGGAAUUCAAUUGAUCCACAGACUGGUGCUUCCAAAUGGGUUUUUGAAUCUGCUGAUCGUGCAGCUGCAGGUGACGAGUCAGUAAGCAGCCGGGAACGCGCUUCUCGUCGCUCCGCUGCUCGCCUAUUCUGGCUUGGAUUGCUCCUGUUCCCGGUGAUUUGGGCUAUCCUUGUUCUGGUUGCAGUUUUUUCAUUGAAGCUCGCCUGGUGUCUUGUUGCUGCUUGUGGAUGUUUGUCUGGGUCGGUCAAUGCCUACGGAUAUCUGCGGUGUCGCUUUAAAGGAAAUUCUAUCGGCGGUAACACUGCAGGUACUAGUUUGAACGGUUUCUUGACGGCAAAGAUGGCCAAAUCAGUGAUUUCGGAUCUGUGGUCGAAUGACGCGAAUCAGCAUAAUCAGCAGCAGCAACAGCAGCCUCCUAGUCUCAUCUAG